CCGAUUUUCUUCCAAAAAUCUCUCUUUCCUCUCUCUCUCUCCCAAUCACUCAAACAAUGUUGUGUGCAUCAUCUUCGUUUGCUCUUUUGGGUCCUGCUUCUUCAGCUAUGGCUUCUUCAUCAGUUUCCAGAUUUGUUGGAUUUGGUCAUCAUACUACUCUCAGGUAUGAUCUUGAUCAACGUCGUCGUCGUUGUUCUUGGACUGGAAUUGAAAAGAAGAUCCCUUUUCCUGGGAAUAGGACUGCCUCAGCUUCUGCUUACCCUCUCUUUCUCAGUCAGCUUACUAAAGACUCACCAAGACCCAAAAAUUACCAAGAGGUCACUAAGUCAGCCCGGCAAAUGUUUGCUCGAGAGAUCUCUAUUCAAUCGAAAGACAGUGAAAUUUCGAUUGCAAAGGUUCUCUUCUACAUUGCUGCUGAAGAUGAAGCCUUCUUGGCUAUAAACCGAGAGAGGGAUGCUCAGUCACUCAUGAAGGAGAGGGAAAGUGUACAAGAUCAAUCUGAUCCGAGUGAGACAGAUUCUGAGGAGCUAUUGCAGUUAGAUGGAAAGAGUAUAUCUGAGUGGUUGAGUGAAAUAGAUGCAAUUUCCAAAGAAGUAGAGGCAGAAUUAGUCUCACGAGAUAUCGGCUGCCACUUGGUUCAAGUUCUUGAAGCUGUAAAUACAGUUCUCUUCGAUCUGAGAGGCUUCAAGAGGACAUCUAUUACUUUAGACCCGGAGAAUUCCUACCUUCACUCUGUACUUAACUGUAGAUGCAGCACUGCAUUUCUGAUUAGCGUAAUAUACAUUGAAGUUUGUAUGCGCCUCAGUGUACCAAUUGUUGGAUCUCCAGUUGGGGAAGAUUUUCUGAUUUGGCCUAAAACGGAGUAUCCUGAGGAACUCUUUAAAGCAACUUCAGGACAGAGCUUGUUCUCUAUUGUCAAUGGAAGGUGCGUUGAUGAUCCUGGAUCAAUGGCAUCAGACUUAACUGCAAAAUCACUUCAAGACCUCGACAUCGCAACAAACAGAGACAUUAUAGGGAUUGCUCUUGCCAAUUUGAUUAGGCUUCACUGGAGACGUGCUUCGAAGUCAUCCCCUGGACUAAUGCUGACUUCUCCUCUUAGUCAACUUAAUAACAUCAGUAGUUCUAAUUUCCCAUUGUUGCGGCCUCAAGAUCUUAGGUUGGCUAUUGCGGCUGCAGAAAGAUUGUUGAUUUUGCAACCUCAUAACUGGGCACUUCGCAGAGACCUUGGUAUGAUGCUGUACUACGACAGGCAAUAUGGAGAGGCGGUACAAGAGCUGAGCAUAUGUAUGGCCUUUGCUCCUCCUGAAGAAGAAGCUGUGUUGGAGCCAUUUGUAGAGAGACUUCAUCUACUUCGUCUCAUAUCUUCAUUGAAGCCUCUUGGCUCUGAUCGCUUGACCAACGACGGUUUCGUCUAUCUAAUCGUGACACUGAAGAGAAUCCCCCAGUUGGAUCGGACUAACCCUUUGAUGAUCCCUCUUCCUCAUCCUCUCAUCGAUCUGGCCGCCGAAGAUUCACCGGAGCUUUGUUUGAUUAUCGACGACAAACACAAGAACAAAAUCACAAAGGAAGCGGCUUUGAAGAAGAUCGAAGCAGAGAAGAUUCCAAUCACCACAGUGAUUAAGGUCUCCAAAUUGAAAUCCGAUUUACGCAAGUUAGAGGAGGAGAAGCGAUUCGAGUUGUAUUUCGCGGAGAGGAGGCUAAUGCCGAUUUUGCCGAAGCUAUUGGGGAGAGAGUUUGUUAAGAAGAAGAAGAAUCCGAUUGCGAUUAACUUAAGACACGAUACUUGCAGUGUUGUUAAAGUAGCGAAGUUGUCAAUGGGAAGGAAGGAGAUUGCAGAGAAUGUUGUAGCGGCCAUGAAUGGGAUUGGUGAAUCAGUUCCUGGUAAAUGGAAGAAUGUUAAAUUGUUUCAUCUCAAGUUGCUUGAGAGCUUGGCAUUGCCUGUUUAUCAAUCAGUUGCUUGAUCAAAAUGUUUAAAGAAGGUGAUGGAUGAUCUGGUUCCUCCAAUUAGUCACAAGUUUUGGGUUUUAUUUUUAGUGGAAUUUUCUUUUAUGUGAUGCCGGUAAUGUUUCGAUUAUACCUAGAGUGAUUAAAACUGUUUUGAAUGAUUACAUUGCAACAGAUGGUUUUAAUACAAAUUUCCAUGAGUG